AUGGACAAGCUCGGCCUGACACGCUACUGCUGCCGCCGUAUGCUCAUGACCCACGUCGACCUGAUCGAGAAGCUGCUCCGUUACAACCCCAACGAGCGCGACAUCAUCAGACAGCGCGUCUAA